UAUGCCUUCCUACUGUUCCAAGAGGAGACCUCUGUCCAGGCCCUGAUUGACGCCUGCAUCGAGGAGGACGGCAAGCUUUACCUAUGUGUCUCCAGCCCAACUAUCAAGGACAAGCCAGUAAGUGAAUGCUACAGUAUUAUACUGUACUGUAAUACCUUUUUCACACUACUGAGCCAAACCAAGCCAAGCAGACCUGUACUGUGCCAUUCUGGUUACACGUUCACCGUAGUUGCUGGAACUGGUAAGGAAAAUAGCGAAGGCGGUACGGGUCAGGUUGCCACAAUCAUGUGAAAAGGGUAUAAGUGUGAAUUCCUUGUCAGACACAGUCCUUAAUUAAUUAUGUAUCUCUCUCUCUCCAGGUCCAGAUCCGCCCCUGGAACCUAAGUGACAGUGACUUUGUGAUGGACGGCUCCCAGCCGCUGGACCCCCGAAAGACCAUCUUUGUGGGGGGCGUGCCCCGGCCUUUACGUGCAGGUAGGGUAUUGGUCAAAGUGGCUGUUGAUCAGUGGAUAAGUUGGUGGAUUAGCUGUGUAAGGUUGACUGGCAUAGACUGUAGCCUACAGGCUGUAAUCAAAAAUAAAGUUGUGCCUGUGAGAAAGCAAUCUACUUUGUUUCCAGGCAGUGAGCCAACUGGUGGUCAUGUAAAGUAUUCAUGCAAGGCCCAUUAGGUGGUAUGAUAUAUCUGUGCUUGGGACAAACAUCACUGACUGUCUGUCUGCUAUGUGACCUAUGCUAAUUAUAACAACAGUCCUAAGAAUGUUAUUGACUAUUGGCGAAGAAUGUUAUUCAAGUCGAAUGUCGCAUCUGUUUGUCUCGACAAAAAUGAAGUUAAACUUUUUUCCUCAAUUUUCAUUAGACAAAACUAGAGGCAUGCAGUCAUAACAUUCUCUCUCUCUCUCUCUCUCUCUCUCUCUCUCUCUCUCUCUCUCUCUCUCUCUCUCUCUAUUUCUCUCUCUCUCUAUUUCUCUCUCUCUCUCUAUUUCUCUCUCUCUCUCUCUCUCUCUCUCUCUCUCUCUCUAUUUUCUCUCUCUCUCUCUCUCUAGUGGAACUAGCUAUGAUCAUGGACAGGCUGUAUGGUGGCGUGUGCUAUGCCGGCAUCGACACUGACCCGGAGCUCAAGUACCCCAAGGGGGCGGGCCGCGUGGCCUUCUCCAAUCAGCAGAGCUACAUCGCCGCCAUCAGCGCCCGAUUCGUUCAGCUGCAGCACAAUGACAUUGACAAACGGGUUAGUGAGACCAAUCACUGUAUUCAAAAUGUCUGUCUCUGUAUCAAUAAUGCUUCAGGAGUUGCCCUAAAAGCUGGAUAACAGGGAGAUAUAUUUAGCAGAUGAAGAAUGACUGGGUUGUGUUAAUUAGGGCACGCAACAGAAGACGUUUUGCAACAAGAAACUUGUCCAGGUAGUCCCUCCCUGUUUCAGUCGGUUUUCUUCCAUUUGGUGACGAAUAAACAUGACCCUAGUGUUACCUCCCUGUAGGUUUUCCUAUGGUUUGCUGCUGUGGAUCUGCACUACUUAUCUCAAAUUCAGUCUCUCUAUACGUAAGAGCUGUCAUUAUACGCUGGUUUCCAACCAACCGCUCAGCGAGCCUACAAUACAGGGAGCCCCGGUUAGGUCUGUGGAACAGAGUAAGCUGUGUAAUCACCCUGGCCUUUGGCUGCUGGAGGGCUGACAGACGCGGGGAGGGUUUAAUUAUAGGACUUCCCUAUACAUGUAUAUUAACUUCAGCUCUGCUGCUGACAGGUUAUUUUGAGCAAGCUAGCCCUAUCGAGUAUGGUCGAUCGUAACCAACCAAGACUGAUAGUCUGCCAGCCCAGAGAGGCUCAUUGGGGGCUGCUCGGUCCACACUCCAUCUGGGCUGCCAUCAUCUAAUAUCCAACCCCAGUGGCUGGUUGAGCAGACAGUGUCUUCAUUCUGAUUGACCAGGGCCGAAUUCACAUAGUCCAAGAGUAGGAGUGCUGAUCUAGGAUCAGGUCCUCCCAUUCCAUAUACUCAUAUUGAUUAUUACUUAAAAGUUAGAUCCUAGAUCAGUACUCCUAACUCUGAGAUGCUUUUUGAAUAUGGGCCCAGAUCACUAGACCACUAACAAUGCACGUAAUGGGCUGUAGAUGAGACCUCUGCACUGCGAACCCUCACUAUCAGCCAUAGCGCCAUAGAGAUGGUAUGAGGGAAAUCUCUUUUCCAGAUCCCUAUGUUUGUCUGAGGCCAAGGGAAGCUUGGAAUGAAUGAGGGGAUACUGGCUGGGGGGAUACAUCGUUGGAGGCUCUACCCAGAAAAGCCCAUCUGCUUCCCUCCCUUCCCCUCCCUCCGUACACACCAUAGCCCCAUUUGGUCAACCACCACUGCGCCACACCCAAGUUCUCUCAGGGUAAAGUAAUGUUCAUGCUUGUGGUUGAGGCCUAAGGCCUCGUUCACUGGUGUCCAACCACACCACUUUUGUUUUCAUGCUUUAUUUCAGUUCCAUCCCUAGCAACACAAUCAUUCCGUUAACUGUAAAUGGCCUCUUGGAAUUGUCUUAAUGAUAGGCCAGAAUGGUUCAAUUACCUCAGACCAUUGUGGUACUCACUAAGGUGAUAAUUGUAUUUAAUAGCAUGGGUGCCAUUCUGUUUCUGGGUCGUAUUCAUUAGUGCACGCUGUAGAAAAACAUAAUGCAAUGGAAAACAAAAAGAGGCUUUCUUAUUGGGCAAGUUCAGGUAGUCCCUCCCUGUUUCAGUCCGUUUUCUUUGGAUUGGUGCCUAAUGAAUACCCAGCUUUGCCAGCUUGUUGUGGUCUUUCCAAAGCCCAUGUCUGUAGUCAUGUUUCCGCUAGCUAGCUUGUCAUGUCUUUCCAAAGCCAUUGUUUUGUAGUUCUGGACUUUAGUUCUUUUUGAGCUGAGCUCAGACAGACAGUGCUUUACAAUAUGUAUCUCCAGGGCUAGGGGUUUAAAGAGGACCCUUCAUUACAAUAGGCUGUAGUGGAGGGACAUCUCUAUGUAACCAGGCCCUGCUCACACACUGUGUCAUCUCCAUGGAGACACAGAUUAGAUAGUCUGUCCCUCAGCAACGGUCAUCGGACUCCAAUUAUCUUGUGUGUGUGUGUGUAGCAGUAUACCUGCUUCGGUGCAUAAAGAGCCCCAGACAGUGGUCUAAGAAUGUUGUUUAACACUUGGACAUAUGGCAGCCAUUUUGGCUCUACAAUAUUCGCCACACCAGUUUUUGCAGUGCUUUAUCCAUAGAGAGGAAAAUAAGAACAGCCAGAGACAGAAACAUUUUUGAGAAGUUCAUAUAUUUAGCCUUUAAGAUGUCACAGUGGUAUAAGAGGGGCAAAUAAUACAUCAACAGAAAUAUACGUUCCCAGACUCGGGCGCUAAUGGCAAUAUCUUGCAAUUGGUCAAACUUUUUGCAUAAAGCAUAUAGACUACCUCAGUUUACAUUCUGACAAUAGAGAUUCAAGUUUGAAUAGAUAUUCAAGUUUGAGUUCAAUCUACACCUCAGGCCAAGAAGAUAAUAAACCAACGUGUCUCCUUUCUCUGACCUUUGACCUUCAGGUUGAGGUGAAGCCCUACGUCCUGGAUGACCAGAUGUGUGACGAGUGCCAGGGGGCACGUUGCGGGGGGAAGUUUGCCCCCUUCUUCUGUGCCAACGUCACCUGCCUGCAGUACUACUGUGAGUACUGCUGGGCCAGUAUCCACUCCCGGGUGGGCCGAGAGUUCCACAAGCCACUGGUGAAGGAGGGGGGCGACCGCCCUCGACAAGUGUCCUUCCGCUGGAGU